AUCGCACACUAAUAUUUUUUAUAUGUGUAUAAUAAUCCCCAUAAGAAUCUCAGGGUGACAUUUCCCGGGUUUGUGGCCCAGGAGCAGAAUUGAUUGGUGAUUGUGGUACAUGGAAAAUUCAGUGAAUCUGAUAAAGGUACCCUGAACAGAAAGUUACCAUGUUUUCAUCUAACAGUCUUAGCAAAGUUCAUUCAAAUCAAGCCAGAUUCAUUCAAGAGAGAAUAUCAGGUGUGGAGAAACACUUUGGCCAGAUCUGCAAUGCUCUCGGUUCUUACACCAGAAAAACAGCCAAGCUGCGAGAUAGAGGAGAUGUACUCUCUAAAACACUCUUGGAUUAUGGCGAAGUGGAAAACCUGAACAAAAGUUUGCGGUCAGCCCUCUGUGAUACAGCAGAUACAUUAGCAGCUGUUCAGGACUACAGAAAUGUGCAAGUAGAGAGACUGGAGACCAGAGUUGUAGGAGAGAUUGCAUUAUAUGGAGGCAUAUGCAAGGCUGCUCGGGAGGAACUGAAGAGAAGCUUUGACACACGUCAGCAGGAAAUCAAUCAUCGACGAGACCUGGAAAAAACCAAGAACCGCCGCCCUCAAAAUAGACAGCAGAUUGUAAUUGCCGAGACAAAACAUCAGAAGGCUACUGCAGAAGCAAAACGGGCUUGUCAAAACCUUGAAGAACAAAUGGACCAGUUUGAACAAAAAAAAGUAGCCGACUUAAAGAAGGUGCUCAGAGAAUUUGUUCAGACUGAACUGGCCUUCCAUGCAAAGGCACUGGAACUAUAUACCAAGGCAUAUAAUCAGAUUUCCAAUAUUGAAGAGGAGGAGGAUCUUGAAGCAUUCCGUAACGCACGAGAUGUCUUUGAUGCGGAAUUUCGUAAUGCUUUAAAAGGCAAUGCUGCUGCUAGAGCUGAAGUUGUUGGAGCAGGACAGGGCUCGUCACUUUCUCCUGUCAUCAACAGCGUAAAAGGGAAGAAAAAGGAAUCACAUAGAAAGCGGGACAUGAAUAAAUCCAUAGAAAAACUGCAAAUUGAGGAUUAUGAGGAAAUCAAUGAAAGCACAUCUAGUGAGGAUGAUUGAUGGAAUUCACAUCUAAUUUAAUUACCAAUAAAAUGUUUUAGUUCAUUAUUUAUAUAGUGUACUUGUAAUAAAUUAAUAAAGUUUUGUUAUAUUUUGUUUAAUCUGUGAAUUUAUGGUAUGUACUCUACAAAUUACAGUAUAUUGACUGCCAAGAUUUCAACCAACAUUUUAAAGGCUACACAGCUCUGUGAGCUUAUUAUACAAGCACAUUAUUAUGGUUAAUAUUAUAAAAUGUCAUAUUUUUGAAAGUUUAUAAGGAUCUGUUAUUUUAGCAAAAUGAACGUUGUUUUAAUGUAAUGUUUUGCUGUGGCGAAAAGGUUAACAUUUCGUCAAAUCUGUUUCAUCCGUCCAUUUUAUACAAUUGUAAGAUUUUUACUGUUGUUAUGAGACAUAUGUGAUAGAUGAGAUAUGAAACUAGAAUAUGGUACAGUAUUGCAUAUUGCUUACCAUUUAUGAUGACAGAAAUUUAAGUGAUGCAGUGUUGUACACAACUUAAAAUAUAUAAUACAAAAAUACAUAUCCAUAUAUAUAUAUUUAUUUAUUUAUUUAUUUGUUUUCUUUAGGACCAGAAAAUCCCCUUCUUGAAGUGUAUAAUAUGGCAAUAUUAUUGGGAAAUUUCCUAUCUCUUGAACCAAUAGUAUAACCAAUCAAGAGAAUGCUUUCCGACCAAUUUCCCUUACAAGCUGCCUUUGUAAAACAUUGGAGAGAAUGGUCCUAAAUCAUCUCCUUCAUUUAAUAAAAACCAUGCUAUCCCCCCAGAUAUAUAACUACAUGCAUGGAAGGAGUGUGCAUCAUUGCAACACCUCAUUUCUUACCAUUCACGCUGACAAGUCAUAUAUCACCUUCCUAGAUCUUGUCUGCUUUUGAUAUUGCAAACCCACAUGUUAAUUUGAGUGACCUUGUAAGAAUGAAUAUUGGUGGUGAUCAUAAUUUCAUGCAAGAAGAGCCACACAUCUAUGGAUCAUACAAUAAAAUAAGCAGACUCCUAGAUGUUACUAAUGCUUGGCUUAGGGCUAUAAGUAUUCCUGGAAAUUUUCAUUACCUGCUGAUGUAGACUUGAUCAAAUGUAAAGUGUAUCAAAAAAAUUAUUCCCACACCCUCUGUCACUGUGUGAUGGAAUGCAAAAAGAUACAUGAAUUCAGAGACAAUUCUAUAAAUGUUCAAGAUUUGUGUAAAUAUUUCAUUCAAAAAGAUCUGGUACUAAAUUUUAGCCAAAUAUUCCCUUUUUGCUAACUGUAAUUAGUAACUAAGUGAUUGUAACUUAUCCAUCGUUGCCCACUAGAUGGGAAGGGAGGGGAGUUAGCAGGAUAAACAUAUCAAUUGUGACUAGCUCUCCACAUGUGUUAGUUGCUUAAUUUAGAAACUGUACUUGUGGUCGGUCUUGAGCCCAUUGUUGAUGUGACGAGGUGCAUUGAAUUUGUAAUUAGCACAUCAAAACUGUAAUUAGCUUAACUAAAUGAAUGUUAGGGUUCAGUCCCUGAGCCCAUUAUGUGCCUCUGUAACCAUUUCCACUACUGCCUUCAGGAUGGGUAUGGGGUGCAUAAUAACUAACUAAUCUAGUCGACUACUUUGUUGGAUCAGAGGUUACUUAUCAACAGAAAGUAAUCUGUAUUAUUCCAGGGGCAUAGGAUUGUAACAAGAGACUUUGAACUAGGCUUCCCCUAAGCUUUACCUUAUUUAAUAUCUUAAUAAACAUGCUGUUGAACUCUGUGUUGAGAAAACUCAAUGUGCACAUCAUUAGUUAUGCUGAUGAUAUAAUGAUACACACCACUGGGUAUGCUAACACACAGAAAACACUUUUAACUCUUUAUUAGACUCGUGUCAGGAUACAAGUUUGGUCAUCUCAGCAGAGAAGCCAAACAUACUAAAUUGGCAUCCACCCAGGCAGGGAGGAGCUGUUUGCAAAGAUGCAAUUGUAUGAUGGCUCCCUGCUUGACUAUGUAAACAGAUUAAAAUACAGUACCUUUGCCUUGAGGUUCCAUUGUAUAGUCCUAUUGUAAUGAGACUGUCAUCAUUACAGCAGAGACAGCCCAUUGUUGAUGUGCAUUAAAUUUUGUAAUUAGUUCAUCUUAACUGUAACUUGCUUAGCAAAUGGAAUUUUAGGAUUCAGUCCAUGAGCCCAUUGUGUGCCUCUGUAACUCUUUCCACUACUGCCCACAGGAUGAGUAUGGGGUGCAUAAUAAAUGAAUUAAACUAA